AUGGACGCUACGGGGAAAACGCUGAAGGCCGCGAGCAGCAGCUUGGGGGGCACCGCCGCCUCGGGCGCUAGCUCGCAGUCGCUCCAAAGCUCCCACAGCAGCAGCAACGUGCUGACCGCAGAUGACGCGGCGGCUGGUACCAGUGCUGCAGCGGAUGCGCCCGUGACGCUCUCGAGUCUGCAAGAAGCGAUCAAGGCGCAGAAGGAGUGGGCCAAGCACAUCGUCUUUGACGGGGACGGAACUGUUGUCACCAGCAACACGAAGCCGCUGGACGGGGAGGUCGCCGGCUUCCUCAAGCUCUUCGACAAGCGUGACGACACCAUGGCUUCGGGUAUUGUGCUGCUAAAUGAGCAGUACGAUGUACACCGAUUUCACCCACCGCUUGUGUAUGGACGGCGUGGUGACCCUGCCCAAGAGGAAGGAGAAGGCAUUGCCGUGUGCAAGGUUUCGCAGGGCAGCCGUACACUUUUCUGCCUUAUCACCUACGUGUACCCGACGCUGUCAGCACGUGCUGUCCCUCAGCUCAAGGAGUUCUGCGAAACCAAACUGGCCAAGCUCAGUUGAUAGGGAAACCAACGCGUGUAUUUCUCGCA